AUGGACUUAUCUAGUAAGAGCUUCACUGACAUCAUGUUACAUGCCGAAGAUACAAAUUACUAUGAUAUUAGAAAAAAGUGUGAGGGAAGCCUUCGCUAUGAUUUUUCAAGGGGUGUUGCUAGCAUGGAGAAGUUCCUGAAUCAAAAUUCUGUUCGGGAUUCACUAGGGGUUGGGAAAAUUCAUUUUGUUUCUUGUAGCACUAAAGUUUCUCUGGCUAUGUUUGUGGAUUGGAUGAGGAAUCUUGAAAUUGGUAUUCCUCCCCUUCUUGAGGAUGGAACCAAUUUGCUUGUUUAUGCCGGGGAAUAUGAUCUCAUGGGUAACUGGCUUGUCGGUAACUCAAGAUUGGUCCGUGCCAUGGAAUGGUCUGGUCAGAAAGAGUUUGCAACCUCACUUAAAGUUCCUUUUGUUGUUGAUGGAUCAGAAGCCGGAUUAUUGAAGAUCUAUGGACCUCUAAGUUUCCUUAAGGUCCAUGAUGUUGGUCACAUGGUUCCAAUGGACCAGCCCAAGGUUGCAUUAAAGAUGUUGAAGAAGUGGAUUAAUGGAACCCUUGCUAAAUCAAGAGCUCAUAAGGAAAAAUUGUUUGCUGACAUGUGA